AGAAGCCAGCAUAAUGGAAAAUCAAAUGGCGCUCGCCCCGCUGGGACUCUCACAGAGUAUGGACUCCGUGAACACGGCCAGCAAUGAGGAAGAGGUGCGCACAUUGUUCGUCAGCGGCUUGCCAAUGGAUGCUAAGCCACGCGAACUCUAUUUGCUAUUCAGAGCCUAUGAGGGCUACGAAGGAUCUCUACUGAAAGUAACCAGCAAAAAUGGCAAAACAGCAUCGCCCGUUGGUUUCGUAACAUUCCAUACAAGAGCCGGAGCCGAGGCAGCCAAACAGGAUCUGCAGCAGGGUGUACGCUUCGAUCCCGAUAUGCCCCAAACAAUUCGCUUGGAAUUCGCCAAGAGUAACACGAAAGUGAGCAAACCCAAACCACAGCCCAAUACAGCGACAACAGCCUCACAUCCUGCAUUGAUGCACCCACUCACUGGACAUCUGGGUGGGCCAUUCUUUCCGGGCGGACCCGAGCUAUGGCAUCAUCCGUUAGCGUACUCAGCCGCCGCCGCCGCUGAGCUGCCCGGUGCCGCUGCCUUGCAGCAUGCAACACUCGUGCAUCCGGCACUGCAUCCGCAGGUGCCCGUACGCUCCUAUCUCUGACUAAAUACAGACAAAGUAAUGGAGCAGCCUAUGCAUCAAACUCAAAUGACAAUGCCACAUCAUCAGACAACUGCAACCGCUUUACAUCCCAGCCAGCAGGCGGCCAUGGCGCACUUGGGCGCUGGCGGCGGUGGUGCCGGUGGUGCUGCUAGUGCAGCAGCCGCCGCUGCUGCCGCCGCUGCAGCGCCGCAGGGUGCUGCCGGCAAUCCAACAGCAGCAGCUGCUGCAGCCGCCGCCGCCGCCGCUGCGGCCGCAUCACAUCAUCAUUUUUUAUCCAGUCCCGCUCUGGCUAGCCCCGCCGGCUCCACCAACAAUGCCGCGCAUCCGGCCAACCCACAAAUAGCCGCCAAUGCGCCCUGCUCGACGCUGUUCGUAGCCAACUUGGGCCAGUUCGUGUCCGAGCACGAGCUUAAGGAGGUUUUCUCUAGUAUGCCUGGCUUUUGUCGCCUCCGAAUGCACACAAAAGGUACGCACAAUAUCACAUCUUCUAUGCCUCCAACUUUGUCUUCAACUCUGCCUUCUCCAACACCAACUUCAACUUUCCACACUGCAACUGUCAACCACCAAUUGUCAACAGCAGCAGCAGCAGCAGCAGCAGCAGCAGCCACCGCCACAAACUGCAAUACCACCAGCAGCAGCAGCAACACCAAUUCUGGCCAGCAACAGCAGCAGCAUCCGGUUGCCUUUAUUGAAUUCAACGAUGCUCCGAGUGCUGCGCAGGCCAUGCACCAGCUGCAGGGCAAGUACCUGCUCAGUUCAGAUCGUGGCUGCAUUCGCAUCGAGUACGCCAAGUCCAAGAUGCUAAACGAGCUGUCGCUGCCGCUGAUGAAUGGCAAGGCAGCAGCAGCAGCAGCAGCAGCAGUCGCAGCACAACAGCAACAACUAUUUUUAUUGAAUAGCGGCUUGGAUUUGGGACAUGUUGCGAAUGCCAAUAUGCUCAUCACGGCACAGGCAUCCGCCCAACAACAGCAGCAGCAACAGCAGCAGCAGCAACAACACUUUCAGCUACAGCAACAGCAAAUACAACAGCAGCAGCAACUACAGCAACAGCAACAACAACAACAACAACAACAGCAACCACUACAAGUACAGCCAUCUGCCGGCUGCACCAGCACCAGCACCACUAGCGUUGUCGUUAACUCACUACAGCACCACCAACUUCAUCCAAAUCAGCACCACCAAAAUCAUCUCUUUAGAGACAGGAGCGGGUAUGGAAUCAAGGCAUGAUUUGCUCGCUAAGAAACUAGAGCGUGAAAUGCAGCAGCAGCAGCAGCAGCAACAACAACAACAACAGCAACAGCAGCAGGCACAUCAUCAACAACAUCAGCAUUUCCAUCAGAGCCACCAGCCGCAUCAUCAUCAUCACCAUCAUCACCAGCACCACCACCAUCAGCAGCAGCAGUUCUUGAUGACGCCGACAGCGACCUGACCCGGCAGCGCCAAUGCACCGGCAGCACCACCAACGCCGCUGACCCACUACCAAAACCUUCAGCAGCACCACCAGCCGCAGCCGCUGCAGCACCACAUCUACUCGUACUUGCUGCCAGCGACAACACACAUUGCUGCCUGAGUGGUGCGGUGGUGCGACGGUCCGCAGCGACAGGCGCACAUUUUGAGUUUGGGAGGACUUCCCCCUCCGCCCGGCAUAGAGCAGUGAAGCUCCGCAUGUGACGGAUUCAUGCAAAGGACACAAAAUUUUAGUUGUACUAUGCAGAAAAACAAUUUAAAAAAAAAAAAAAAAAAAAAAAAAUAAUAAUUAAAAACAAAAAAAUAUUAAAUGACAUAUACAUAUACAUACAUUAAUAUUAAUUUAUAUGGCAAGCCUAACCCAGUUUAGUGAAAUUUUUGACAGGCCGAUAAAAUGUAUGCGAAAAUUAUAAGUACCAAAAAAAAAAAAAUAUAUAUUA